GCUGUGUUACGUCUUAAUAUGUAAGUAACAAAUAACGAUGAAUUAAUCCAUGCUCUGAAGUGGCACUUUGAUUAAAUUAAAGGUUAUUUAAAAAGUAAUAUAGAAAUGCCGGUAGAUGGUAGUGAAGAUCAGGACCGGCAAGCGCUGUCCAGCCCGGUCAGCGUUCAAACCCCGGGAGAGACAGGGACCGUGAAGGAGAAUGGCACUCAUCGGGCCAACGUGGCCCUGUCUCUGCCCAAUGCGAGUCGGGAUGAGCCGGCCGCUCCGGCCGAAGGCUCCAAGAAAUCGCAGUCCUUGGUCCAGAUCGACCGGCAGCAGAUCCAGGCGGUGGCGCAGGCUUCCCAGGCGGCCGAGCUGCAGGGACUCGGGGUGGAUGUGUACGACCAGGAGGUUCUGGAGCAGGGCGUGCUGGAGCAGGUGGACCGGGCCAUACAAGAGGCCAGCGACGCUGCAGCCAAGGCCGACGCGGAGAAGGAGUACGAGUCGGUGCUGGACGACGUCAGGUCCUGUACGAGUGAAUUAAAACACAUCAAUAAAAUCAUUGAGCAGCUGACUCCUCAGGCUGCCUCAAACAAAGCCAUCAACAGGAAAGUGGAAUCUGUCAAACGUCAGAAAGAGAACAAGGAGAAGCAGCUGAAGAAGAUCAGGGCCAAACAGAAGCGACUGCAGGCGGUCCUGGGAGGGGAGGACGUGCAGAAGCUGGAAGCAGAGCUGCUGGACGAGGGAGAUGAAGAACCCGGCCCGUCCACGCUGGGCAGCAUGCUCAUGCCGUCGCAGGAGACAGAGUGGGAGGAGCUCAUCCGCACGGGUCACAUGACCCCCUUCGGCACCAAGGUGCCGCAGAAAGAGGAGAAGAAGAAGGAGCCCCGGAGGGUGACGCUGAGCGAGAACUCCGCGUUCGACCAGUACCUCAACGACCAGGCCGCCCUGGCCGUCAGCAGGAAGAAGACGCCGAUCAGGCGGAGGAAGGGGCGGGGCCUCGGAGGGGAUGAGGGCGGGGCCCGGGCCGGGGCGGGACCAAACGGCGGCGCGUCUGGGCGGGACCGGAAGCUGCAGAAGCGCAUGCGGAGGCUGCAGCGGAACGCGCUGAGGACGCAGCCCAAGAGCAAGGGGCGGCCGGAGCCCGGCGCCGGCCCGGCCCGCGGGAGGGACCCGACCCGCGGCUCCGACAGCGAGGGCUCGCAGUACGUGCCCAGCGACGAGCUGCUGGACCCCGAGGAGCCGGAGCGGGACGACGAGUUCUGGGACGGCGAGGGCGAGGAGUACGAGCUGAAGCCCUACAGGAGGAAGGCCGAGCCGCGGCCGCCCAGACCCAGACCCCGGGACGGGGAGCGGGAGCGGGAGGAGGAGGAGUACUACCCCACCAGCUCGGACGGUGACGACGACGACGGCGGCGGCGGCGAGCCGGGGAAAAAGGCGCGGUCGAAAAAGUGCAAAGACGACGGGGACCUGGAGUACUACAAGCAGAGGAUACGGAGGUGGAGGCGGCAGCGGCUGAAGGAGAAGGAGCGCAGGAGGGAGGCGGGGGAGGAGGAGGAGUCGGAGGACAGCGACGCAGAGUUCGACGAAGGCUUCAAAGUGCCCGGGUUCCUCUGGAAGAAGCUCUUCAAGUACCAGCAGACAGGUGUCCGCUGGCUGUGGGAGCUGCACUGCCAGCAGGCAGGGGGCAUUCUGGGAGACGAGAUGGGCCUAGGCAAGACCAUCGAGAUAAUCGCCUUCCUGGCAGGCCUGAGCUACAGCAAGCUCCGGACACGCGGCUCGAAUUACAGGUACGCCGGGCUGGGCCCCUCGGUCAUCGUGUGUCCCGCCACGGUCAUGCACCAGUGGGUGAAGGAGUUCCACACCUGGUGGCCCCCGUUCCGAGUGGCGGUCCUGCACGACACCGGGUCCUUCACCAGCCGAAAGGAGAAGCUGGUCCCGGAGAUCGCUGCCAACCACGGCAUCCUGAUCACCUCGUACUCCUAUGUGCGCAUCAUGCAGGACUCCCUGCAGAAGUACGACUGGCACUACAUCAUCCUGGACGAGGGCCACAAGAUCAGGAACCCCUACGCUGGGGUGACCGUCGCGUGCAAACAGUUCCGGACCCCGCACCGCUUCAUCCUCUCCGGGUCUCCGAUGCAGAACAACCUGAAGGAGCUCUGGUCCCUCUUCGACUUCGUCUUCCCAGGAAAGCUGGGCACCCUGCCCACCUUCAUGGAGCAGUUCUCUGUCCCGAUUACCAUGGGGGGCUACUCCAACGCCUCUCCUGUGCAGGUCCAGACGGCCUACAAGUGCGCCUGCGUUCUGCGCGACACCAUCAACCCGUACCUGCUGCGGAGGAUGAAGGCGGACGUGAAGACCAGCCUGUCUCUACCCGAUAAAAACGAACAGGUGCUGUUCUGCCGUCUCACUGACGACCAGCGGCAGGUGUAUCAGAACUUCAUCGACUCCAAAGAGGUGUACCAGAUCCUCAACGGAGACAUGCAGGUGUUUGCGGGCCUGAUCGCCCUGCGGAAGAUCUGUAACCACCCGGACCUGUUCUCCGGCGGGCCUCGGAUCCUGCGGGGGAUCCCGGAGGACCAGCUGACCCCGGAGGAGCACUUUGGGUUCUGGAAGCGCUCCGGGAAGCUGGUGGUGGUGGAGUCCCUGCUGCGACUCUGGCACAAACAGGGACACCGCGUGCUGCUCUUUACCCAGUCCCGCCAGAUGUUGGAGAUCCUGGAGGUCUUUCUGAGGGAAAAUGGAUACUCUUACCUCCAAAUGGACGGGACAACUUCCAUCGCCUCCAGACAGCCACUUAUCAGGCAGUUCAACGAGGACAAGUCAUUAUUCAUCUUCCUCCUGACCACCAGAGUUGGCGGUUUAGGUGUUAACCUGACCGGCGCGAACAGGGUCAUCAUCUACGACCCGGACUGGAACCCCAGUACAGACACUCAGGCUCGCGAGCGGGCCUGGAGGAUUGGCCAGACGCAGCAGGUGACCGUCUACAGGCUGCUGACGGCAGGGACCAUCGAGGAGAAGAUCUACCACAGACAAAUCUUCAAACAGUUCCUGACGAAUCGGGUGCUUAAAGACCCCAAACAACGACGGUUUUUCAAAUCCAAUGACAUUUACGAGCUGUUCACACUGAGCAACCCGGAUGGCUCCCAGGGAACCGAAACCAGCGCAAUAUUCGCAGGUACCGGGUCGGACGUGCAGGUUCCUAAGAGGCCCGUGAAACACAAAGCCUCCAGCUCGUUGACUCCUCGCCGUAACCAGGCCGACGCCGCUCCAAAACAAACCGCCGUGUCCUCCCCUGACCCCGACGCUGUGCCGCCGUCCGACGGGCCGACGGGUGGAGACGGCAAACCGCCGACGCUGGGCCUCAGAGCGGCGGACGUUCCGCACGGACAGAACGGGACCGCCGAGGAAGACGAGGCGCCGUCGAGCGGAGGGACGCCCGCGGCAGGGGGGGGAGAGACUGACCGGGAACCCGCUCCCGCGACGGCGGCGGCUCCGUCUCCGGGCGACGCGGAUCACCGCGGAAACGGUCCUCAGAAACGGCGGGAGAAGAGGAAGCACUGCGGCCCGGCGGCGGAGACGGCGGGAACGCCAGGAAUGCCGGGACGGGAACGCCGUAAACAGCGACGCUCCAGGGACGCCCACUUCGAGGGCCAGCGCAUCUCGCACCUGGUCAAGAAGAGGAAGUACAACAAAGGCGAGGAUGAGGAGGAGCAGGAGGAGAAGAAAGACCAGAAGAAGAGUGACGACUACGUCCUGGCCAAACUGUUCAGGAAGUCAGGGAUCCACAGCGUCAUGCAGCACGACUCCAUCAUGGAGGCGUCCAACCCAGACUACGUGCUGGUGGAGGCGGAGGCCAACCGGGUGGCCAGGGACGCGCUGAGGGCCCUGAAGGUCUCCCGGCAACACUGCAGACUGCCGUUCGCCCGAGGCUCCACCCGCCAUGACAGCCCCCGGCCACAGGGGGCGCCAGCGCCCAGCAGGAAAAGGUUUGGUCAGAAGAAAAACCCUCUGUUCUCGGAGCCCCCUGCUACCACACCGAAAGUCCCAGACAAAUGCAAGGACGCCGCCGUGGUCAAAAAAUUUGGCGCCAAGAAAGCGGUGCCCUCUGGCCACUUCAGCGGCAAGGGUGUGGAGGAGGACUCCGUCCUCUCCUCUUCCUCCCUGCUGGCCAGGAUGAAGGUCAGGAACCACGUGAGCCUGCCGCAGAGCCUGGAGGAAGAGGACGAUGAGGGGGGGGAGGAAGAGGGCGGGGGCCCCGUGGCCCCGCUGGCUCGCCCCGCCCCCACGGAGUACGACGAGCUCCUGGUGGAGCUGAGGAAUUUCGUGGCGUUCCAGGCGCAGGUGGACGGGCAGGCCAGCACCCGGGAGAUCCUGCAGUACUUCACCCCCCGGCUCUCCGCCACGGAGACCCCCGUCUUCAGAGAGCUCCUCAGGAACGUCUGCCACUUCCACCGGCUGCCCGGCCAGGAGGGCCUCUGGAAGCUCAGACCGGACUUCCGAUGAACUUCCCAGAACUUCCCAGCCGUAUUUCUUGCCACACGAGCGCCAGUUUUUACUGGUCACCUGGGCAGGAGGGUAGUGAGCAAACCUGAAGCCGGACUUCUGAUGAACUUCCGAGAACUUGCAGCCAUUCUGUUGGCACGGGAGUGACCGUUUUCACCAGUCACCUGGGCAGGAGGGACUCUGGAAACUCAAACCGGACUUCCGAUGGACUUCCGAGAACUUGCAGUUAUUCCCAUCGCCACGGGAGAGAAAGUUUUCACAAGUCACCCGUACUGGGUGGAGCUACAGUGAGCUGUCAGUCAUCGACCUGUCUGGACCAAUUAAAAGACUUCCUUUCAAACCAAUCGGUCCCUGAUGAUAUAUGGCAGCUCCUCUUUGUUUUGGUUUAACAAAGCCUCGUUCUUCUCGACUCCAACAUUGUGAUUUUGUGCCGUUCUGUGAAAGAAAUUAACCUCUAACUCUGUGCAGGGGACGUACUUGAAGCAGACUUCGUUUUGUAAAUGUCUUAAUUGUCAGAUUCUGAAUUCCGUGGAAUUUUCACUGCAGUUGAUUGAAAGAAUGCAGUCACACUGUACUUUAAUCGAGUUAUAUUUUAUGUCAAUAUAACUUCAAUAUAACACCAGUGUAUAUUGGUCUGGUAAUAAUUAGUUUUGUGGAACUAUUCAAUUUACCUGCAAAAGCCAUCAAUAUAUAAUGUGGAGAGACGCUCCUGACAAAACAAACUACCUCUGUCAGUUGUAUACUGUGUUAGAUGCCAAUUUUAAAAAUGUAUUGUCCAGGUUUCAAAAUAAAUCGAAACACUCCUAAAAGGUUA